AUGUCUGGUACUGCUAAUGGAACCAACGGGACUGCUGGGGAUCAGCCUGCGGCUAAUGUCACGGGUCAACUGGCUGCACUCGCUGCACCAACUUUGCCUAGUAACAUAAGCGCAGCACUUUCGCCUGACAAAUUCGAUGGCACGAAUUUCAAGCAGUGGCAACAGAAGAUGCACUUCUUCCUUACCACGCUGAACCUGGCAAAAUAUCUUGUUGAGACAAAGCCUGAGGUGCCUGCUACUCAAGAGGCAAACCCAGAUCCACGAGUACACAUGACUCUGGAGAACUGGAACCAAGGAGAUUUCCUGUGCAAAGGUUACAUUCAAAGUCGCCUGGUGGAUCAACUGUUCAAUGUGUACAGUGAGGUCAAAACAUCCAAGGAGCUGUGGGAAGCCUUGGAUAAGAAGUACAAGACGUUCAAUGUGGGCUCAGGAAAAUUUGCUGCUGCAAAAUUUCUCAACUUCGUAAUGGUGGACUCAAAACCCAUCAUGGACCAAGUGCAUGACCUGCAGAUGAUACUCCAAGAGAUAUCAGAUGAAGGGAUGAAGAUCUGUGAGACUUUCACAGUGAAUUGCUUCAUUGAGAAGUUACCCCCUGGAUGGGCAGACUUCAAGAACUAUCUUGCCUUCAAGCAAAAGGCAUUGACUUUGGCCAACUUGGUUUCCAGGCUGCAGAAUGAGUCACUGAAGCGUGAAAAAGCUGAACCAGUUCAGACUCAUGAUGCAAAUGUGGCCGAAUUUCGCAACAAACCUAAAGGCAGGUUUAACCCCAACAAGGGUGCACUCAACAAGGUUGCUAAUCAGGCCUCCACGGGCUUUAAGAAACAGGCCCAAGCCCACCAAUUCCCAAAGAAGAAAUCUGGAUUCUCAGGGAAGUGCAAUCACUGUGGCAAGGUUGGACAUCGCGGAGCCGAUUGUCGCAGCAAGGCCAAGGAGAAAAACCAAGCCAACUUGACAGAGUCUGACAUGGUGGCUGUUGUUACAGAAGCCAACAUGGUUGAAGAGAAUCCGGCACUAUGGUGGUAUGACACUGGUGCUACCACACACAUCUGCAUUGACAGACAGAUGUUCAGCACAUACCAGAAAAGCAAGGGAGAUGAUCGUCUGCUGAUGGGAAAUGUGUCCCACUCCAAGAUUGAAGGCACUGGAAAGGUGGUCCUGAAGAUGACAUCUGGAAGAGAGCUCACACUCAACAAUGUGAAGCAUGUUCCAGACAUGAGGAAGAAUCUGAUUUCUGGCACUCUGAUGAGCAAGCAUGGAUUCGCCAUCAACUUUGAGUCUGACCAGCUGAUUCUCAGGAAACAUGGUGUUUUUAUAGGAAAAGGUUUUGUUAAGGAUGGACUGAUUAAGAUAAGUGAUAGAGGAGGUGAGUAUGAUGGACCUUUCAAUGCCUUCUGUCAAGAGAAAGGCAUCAUACAUCAGACCACUGCUCCCUAUUCACCAGAAUCUAACGGAGUUGCAGAAAGAAAGAAUCGAACUCUGAAAGAGAUGAUGAAUGCAAUGUUGCAGGAAUCUGGGCUACCGCAGAAUCUGUGGGGGGAAGCUCUGCUAGCCACAAACUAUAUCCUCAACAAAAUACCACACAAAGUAACUGGCAAAACGCCAUAUGAGUUGUGGAAAGGUUCAGAACCUUCUUACAAAUACUUGAAAGUGUGGGGGUGCUUAGCAAAAGUUCAAGUACCGCCUCCUAAGAAGGUUUCGAUUGGGCCUAAAACGGUGGACUGUAUUUUCAUUGGAUAUGCGCACAACAGUAGUGCUUAUCGGUUUCUGGUACACAAAUCAGAUAUAGCCGAUAUCCAUGCAAAUACAAUAAUCGAAUCAAGGAAUGUGUCAUUCUUUGAGAAUAUCUUUCCAUGUAAAGAUAGGCAGAAGCUGAAGCGAACUCAUGACGCAAUUGUGCCUGCGAAUGAGGCUAGUACAUCUGGUACUUCAGUAAAUGAAGCAGAAGAAAAUGAAGUUGAACCUAGGCGUAGCAAGAGAGUUCGUAAGGACAAAUCAUUUGGUGAAGAAUACUUAGUGGUAUUUCUCUGUGAGAAUGAACCAAGGACAUAUUCUGAAGCCAUGUCUACACCAGAAGCAGACUUAUGGAAAGAAGCUGUAAACAGUGAAAUGGAUUCUAUUCUGCAGAACCAUACUUAUAUAAUCACUGAUUUACCUCCAGGGUUUAAAGCUUUAGGAUGUAGAUGGAUCUUCAAAACGAAGAUCAAAACUGAUGGAGCUAUUGAUAAGUACAAGGCAAGACUUGUGGUGCAAGGAUUCAGACAAGUCGAAGGUCUAGACUUCUUUGACACUUAUUCUCCGGUGACGAGAAUAACUUCAAUCAGAAUAUUGAUAGCUAUUGCAUCUUUGAGAGACCUGGAAAUCCAUCAGAUGGAUGUAAAAACAGCUUUCCUUAAUGGUGAUUUAGAAGAGGAAAUCUAUAUGAAACAACCUGAAGGUUUCGUGACACCAGGUCAAGAACACAAAGUUUGUAAACUUGUGAAAUCGCUGUAUGGAUUGAAACAAGCUCCGAAGCAAUGGCAUGAAAAAUUUGACCAUGUGAUGAUGUCAAAUGGAUUCAGUAUCAAUGAAUGUGACAAAUGCAUCUACGUCAAAAACACUCCCAGCGGGUACGUUUUGCUGUGUCUGUAUGUUGACGACAUGCUCAUCAUGGGCAGUAACAAGGAUAUAAUCCAACAAACCAAGAACAUGCUUAAGGGUCAGUUUGACAUGAAAGACAUGGGUCUUGCGGAUGUUAUUCUUGGUAUUAAGAUCACAAGGACUUCUGAGGUGGAUACACAACUGCACUUGACUAAGAACUCUGGUGAAGCAGUGUCACAAGUUGAGUAUGCAAGGGUUAUUGGAAGUCUGAUGUACUUAACCAAUUGUACCAGACCGGAUUUAGCACAUGCAGUGAACGUAUUAAGUCGUUACACAAGCAAUCCUGGUCAUACACACUGGAAAGCCAUAACAAGAGUGUUAAAUUAUGUGAGACACACUAAAAGUUAUGGAUUGCACUAUGGUAAAGAACCUGCAGUCUUGGAAGGAUACAGUGAUGCAAACUGGAUAUCAGACUCAAAGAACUCAAAGUCCACAAGUGGAUAUGUCUUUACACUAGGAGGUGCAGCAAUAUCUUGGAAAUCUUCCAAACAAACUCUACUGGCAAGAUCAACAAUGGAAUCUGAGUUCAUCGCUUUAGAUAAAGCAGCAGAGGAAGCAGAGUGGCUUCGGAAUUUCUUGGAAGAUAUUCCAAUGUGGGAGAAACCAGUACCGGCACUGCGUAUACAUUGUGAUAGCCAGUCGGCUAUAGCCCGGGCACUGAAUACUCUCUAUAAUGGCAAAUCUCGUCACAUCAGGAGACGACAUAAAACCAUUAGACACUUGAUCACAACCGGUGUAAUCUCGGUCGAUUACAUUAAAUCAGCUGAUAACCUAGCGGAUCCGUUUACAAAAGGUUUGACAAGAGAUCAAGUUUUGAAAUCAUCUAAGGGAAUGGGUCUUUUGCCUAUGACAAAAGAGGAUGUUUGA